GAUUGCCUCAAGCGUCCAAGGACGUAUCUUUUGCUGGGUUAUGUACUCACGUGCUAGCGAGCUCAGAACACGCAAGCAAGACAUACAAGUAUCACGCAUCUAACUCUGAGGAAGACUUAUCACUAUGGAUAGUGGGAUCGAAAUGAUCGCUAAAAGACCCAAAAUGGAUGAUGCUGAAGUAAAACCGAAACUUGGAAGAGGCGGAAGUUACAUCAAGGAAGGAGGUGACAUGACACAUAGCACGUGCAUUAUCUUCUCUCUUAUUGAGGAAGUUGGCGCCUUAGCAACGGCUUUGAAGAUUUUUAAGGACAAUAAUGUGAAUCUUAAUCACAUUGAAUCACGUUCGUCCAAACGCUCGCCCAACCACUAUGAGUUUAUUGUCGAAUGUGAUACAACCUCAAAGGGCCUUGGAAAAGCGUUGGAUAUCUUACAUAAAACGACAACCUACAUGCAGGUCAUAUCACGAGACCAUAUGGACAAUGCUGAUACAGUGCCCUGGUUUCCUGGAAAAAUCAAGGAACUUGAUCGUUUUGCUAAUCAAAUUCUUUCUUAUGGAUCAGAAUUGGACGCUGAUCACCCAGGAUUUACGGAUCCUGAAUACAGAAAGAGAAGGAAAUACUUCGCUGACAUCGCCUAUCAUUAUCGACACGGUCAACCUAUCCCUCGGGUUCAGUAUUCUGAGGAAGAGAUUAAAACAUGGGGCACUGUAUUUCGUCAUUUGACUAAACUUUACCCAAGUCAUGCCUGCCGAGAACACAACCAUAUAUUUCCUUUGAUGGUAGAGAACUGCGGUUACCAUGAAGAUAACAUUCCACAACUGGAAGAUGUAUCCAAUUUUUUAAAAGACUGCACCGGAUUCACACUACGACCUGUGGCUGGUCUUCUGAGUUCUCGGGACUUCCUGGCGGGCUUAGCCUUCCGAGUGUUUCACUCAACUCAGUACAUAAGACACUCUUCCAAGCCUCUGUACACACCUGAACCUGACGUUUGCCAUGAACUUCUGGGACAUGCACCGCUGUUUGCCAAUCCGAGUUUUGCUAGAUUUUCCCAGGAAAUUGGUUUGGCUUCUCUUGGAGCUCCAGACGACUAUAUAGAGAAACUAGCCACGUGUUACUGGUUUACAGUUGAGUUCGGACUGUGUAAGCAAGAAGGAGAGAUAAAAGCCUAUGGCGCUGGACUACUUUCUUCGUUUGGCGAACUCGAGUAUUGCUUAAGUGAUAAACCAGAGAUUAGGCCUUUCGAUCCUUAUAGAACUGGGGAGCAGAAGUAUCCCAUAACGGAGUACCAGCCCGUCUAUUUUCUGGCUGAUAGUUUUGAGGACGCUCAGAGGAAAAUGAGAAAGUUUGCCUUGUCUAUUCCACGCCCGUUUACAGUUCGCUACAACGCCUAUACCCAGAGUGUGGAAAUCUUGGAUACAAAACCACAGGUCCAAGGACUGGUCAGAGACAUCCAAUUUGAAAUGCAACUGCUGAGCGAUGCCAUGAUGAAGAUCAAGUAAAAAAACUUAACUCGUGAAGAUGAGGAAAUUCGACAUCAUGGAAAACAAGCUACGAGAUCUAGAAAUAUUCAGACAUUCUUAUACAAGACCAUUUUUUACACGAACAAUUCAAAAGACUUUAUAAGUGUAAGUUAACAGUGCUACCAAUCUCUCUCAUUUUGUUUGAACUGUUUUCACGAAUGGCCUCGACUGAAUCAUCUUCAUGCGUAAUUUGUGGCUUAAUUCAAUACGUUAAUGGGCUCCAACUAUCAGAUUAGUUAUGUAUACAUGUUCGCCUAAAGCGGCAGUUACUUUCAGUUGCUCGUAUUUUUCGUCUGAGAGUGUUAGUAAAAACACUUUUCCAUUGUAAGUUCAUAUACCUUAGUAAUAUUUUUGUCAUAUGCUCUUUUACAAUAUUAUGAUAAACGUUUAGUAUAUAAGAUAUGACUUUGUACAUAACAAACCAUGGAGUUUAAACGCCGCUUUUGACAACUCCAUAGGCUACUAAAGUUGCUGAAAAAGUUUAGUUUCUAUUGAAGGACGUUGCAUUAUGUCAUUAUCCUUGAUAUAAGAGAUCAGAAAAAAAAAACGUAAUAAUUCUACACGAAUGUACAAAAGCUACCAAUUAUGUUGAAAGUACCAUUCUUGUGUAUUUUUAUGAGAUAAAUCUCUGGUUGUGGUUAUCCCAUCACUUCUGUAUUCCAUAAAUUUAGAUACGUUGAGUUGAAAAUAUCGCUUAUGUAGAAAGUACAAAUAAGUGAUUUAGAAUAUUUUCGAUUUGUUAUUGUGUGCUUCUCUUGGAUUAGCGUAAUAAUCUGGCGAUUUGCCUGACAUCUGCC